GGACAGGAGGAUGUGGCGCAUGCGUGGUGGCGCCACUAGGAGCGGGAGUUGCGGCGGCGGGGACGGCGGCGGAGACAACCACGGGCCUGGCCGCCCCUGCCGGGUUCGUCGGGGCGGCGGCGGCGGCGUGGGCUGGCGAGGCCGCGCGGGCGGCGCCCGACAGCAGCUGGAGGAGCGGUUUGCCGACCUGGCAGCGAGCCACCUGGAGGCCAUCCGUGCGCGGGACGAGCGGGACAGGCAGAACGCGCGGCUACGCGAGGAGAACGCCCGGCUGCGGCUCGAGAACCGGAGGCUGAAACGCGAGAACCGCAGCCUCUUCCGUCAGGCUCUGCGGUUUCCCGGCGAAGACGCCGACGGGGCGCCGGCGGAGGCGAAGCCGGGCUCCGGGGACGUCGGCACGAACCACAGGGCGAGAGGCAGUGACCGCGAGGACGAGCCGGGCAGCCCCCGGGCCCUGAGGGCCCGGCUUGAGAAGCUGGAGGCCAUGUACCGCCGGGCCCUGGUGCAGCUGCACCUCGAGCAGCGGGGGCCGCGCCCGCGUGGGGACAAGGAGGAGCAGCCCCUACGAGAGCCUGACUCGGGCCUCUGCGGCCGGGACCCGGAGCCCGCCGGGCCCUGUUUGUAGCGGAGGCCGCAGUCGCGGGAGGCGGGGCCUCGCGCUGCCCCUCCCCCUCCGUCCCGUGGCUCCCCCCACGUCGCCGGCGCCGCGCGCGGCCGGAGGCAACUGGACCACAGAGCCGUCUCUCCCCGUGUCCCGCCAGCGGGCACGUUCGGGUGGCACUUCGCAGUCUGCCAGGCUGAGGUUGAGAGGUUGCCAGGGUCCUUUGGCGUCCUCACGUGUGCCGAGCACCUGUCUCUUGCCCUUGCUGGAUUCCACAGGGAGAGGCCUUGCAACGGAGGGGCGGGUUUAAACGGCAAGAAUUGGGUGCCAGUAAACACUCCUAAUCCCUGAACAUUUCUAGGUGUUGUGAGGCACUGUUGUGUUUUUUCUUUUUUGUUUUUUUUCAGCGUUGAGUACUGUAUUUUGAGUUGGUUGAGUUUGUUGUUCAUUCUUCAGUUUACGUGGCCAACAUUUCAAAUACAUUGUGUUUUAUAGAUAGACAUUACUUGGAUAUUCUGUAAAGGACUCCAUUUUUCUAAGGAAGAGAAGAAUAUAUAUAACCUAGGAACCCAUGUCUCCCCCUGCCUCCAGUUCCUAUACACCUAAUAUAUACUGAUUCGUUUAUCUCCCAGAGAAGUUUAAACUAUUUGCGUAUAGGUAAUCCUUUGAAAUGGUAAAUAAAUUUGUUGCAUUAAAAAUAAAA